AUGGAGUCCAAUAAGUUUUAUGGAAAACGCAAGAAAGGUGAAGAAUAUGAAGUUAGAAUGUAUUGGAAAACUACUAAUCGGAUUCCAGCUGUUGCUGAUGUAAUGAGCCGCAGUAGGUGGGAGCAGCUAAAAUUAGGACUCCAUUUCAAUGAUAACGAAACUAUAGAUCAAGCUGACACAUUGUACAAGAUCAGACCCUUUCUGGAGCCAUUGGUUGAAAAUUUUCGAAGAAUUCCCAUGAGUGAAAAAUUGUCAGUGGAUGAACAGAUGAUUCCUUUCAAGGGAAGACACACCUUGAAGAAUUAUGUCAAAAAUAAACCUAAAAAAUGGGGUUACAAAGCAUUUGUCUUGUGUGAUUCACAUGGAAUUGCACAUAAUUUAGAGAUAUAUUCAGGGAAAGUGAAACAUGACCCAUCCUUACCUGAUUUAGGUGUGAAUGGAAAUGUUGUUCUCAGAUUGGCUUCUGUAAUACCUAGACACAUGUUUCACAAACUGUAUUUUGAUAAUUGGUUCACAGGAGUUCGGUUAGAAGUUGAACUAGAAAAGAUGGGUAUUCAGUCUUUAGGAACUGUGAGACCUAAUCGGCUCAAAGGCUGUAUGUUCACUUCUGACAAAGUCAUGAAAAACAAAGGUCGAGGGAGUUAUGAGGAACAUUUAUCUAAAAUUGAUGGCAUUACUUUGAGUGCAGUAAAAUGGUAUGAUAACAAGCCUGUUCAUUUGCUCAGUACUUUUGCUGGUGCUCAUCCAACAUCAACAGUGGAGAGAUGGGACCGUACAAAGAAAGAAAAAAUAAACGUUGAAUGCCCCAGUAUUGUUCACUACUACAAUCAGUGCAUGGGUGGUGUUGAUCUAAGAGAUUGUACAGAGUGUAACGUGAGAAAACUAGAUCAGCUCAGCCUAUUGGACUUCAAAGCUACUGUUGCUGCUUGUCUUUGCAAACAGAAUAAGGAUGGACAGAAAAAAAGGGGAAGACCUAGUAGUUCGUCAACGGAAACUGCAAUUCAGUUGAAGAAGAAGAAGGCUGGGUCAGCAGCACCACUGCCUGAAAAAGACGAAAUAAUAAUUUGGGCAAUAGAAGGUUAA